CGUCCAGUUUCUAUAAAUGGCAAUCCGAUUCCACAUUUUUCGCUUCACCAUCUCUCUCUACGCUUCUCUGCCUUCGGAAGCGUGGUAGAGAGAUAACACAUCGCUAUCGUUUUGCUUUUCGAUUGGUUUCAUCCACGCAGCCUCGUUUAUCUAAGUCGUCAAGUUAUAUAUCUUCUGUUCUUCGUUAUGGCGGCUACUGCUACUGCUGUUUCUGUUGGUCCACGAUAUGCACCAGAAGAUCCAACACUUCCCAAACCAUGGAGAGGUUUAGUUGAUGGGAAAACAGGGUAUCUUUACUUCUGGAAUCCGGAAACUAAUGUCACCCAAUACGAGAGACCUGUGGCUGCUGCUCCUCUUAAUUCAUCAAUAGUGUCCAUAAGUUCUUCCGUUCAAAUUCAAAAGCCAUCCUCGGGCCACUCUUAUAAUAAUAAUUUGAAUGAAAAUAACGAUAAGUACGGAAGAGGUUCCCAUGCACCCAAACAAGAGGUUGCAAGGGGUGAAACCUUUCAAUCACAUGAUACCUCAAAUGGAAUACACGGAGCACCUAGUACUGGGCAUGGAGGAGCACCAUUGAAAGGACACAAACCAUCAGAUGCAGGAAGUGGUUUAUCUGCCGACUCUUAUCGUCAACGACAUGAAAUAACUUUUUCGGGAGAUAAUGUGCCGGCACCAUUUUCAUCAUUUGAAGUCACUGGUUUCCCACCUGAGAUUCUUAGGGAGGUACAUAAUGCAGGGUUCUCUGCUCCAACUCCAAUUCAGGCGCAGUCAUGGCCAAUUGCUCUUCAAAGUAGAGAUAUUGUAGCUAUUGCUAAAACAGGCUCAGGGAAAACUCUUGGGUACUUAAUACCAGGUUUUAUUCAUCUCAAGCGCAUUCGAAACGAUCCUAAGCUAGGUCCGACUGUUUUGGUGUUGUCACCCACAAGGGAAUUGGCAACACAGAUUCAAGAUGAAGCUGUGAAGUUUGGGAAGUCAUCGAGAAUCUCUUGCGCGUGUCUAUAUGGAGGAGCACCGAAGGGCCCACAAUUGAGGGAUAUAGACCGUGGAGUAGAUAUUGUAGUUGCAACUCCUGGUCGUUUGAAUGAUAUUCUUGAGAUGAGGAGAAUCAGUCUGCAUCAGGUUUCUUAUCUUGUACUAGAUGAGGCAGAUCGCAUGCUGGACAUGGGUUUCGAACCCCAGAUUAGAAAGAUUGUAAAGGAGGUACCUGCUCGCCGGCAGACUUUAAUGUACACAGCUACUUGGCCAAAAGAAGUUCGAAAAAUUGCAUCAGAUCUGCUUGUUAAUCCUAUUCAAGUCAAUAUCGGCAAUGUCGACGAGCUUGUUGCCAACAAGUCCAUCACUCAGCAUAUUGAACCAUUAGCACCAUUGGAGAAGCACAGGCGAUUGGAGCAGAUAUUGAGAUCUCAAGAACCUGGAUCAAAAGUGAUAAUUUUCUGUUCUACAAAGAAAAUGUGUGAUCAGCUUGCUCGCAAUCUUACACGCCAAUUUGGAGCUGCAGCAAUUCAUGGAGACAAAUCCCAGGGUGAGAGAGAUCACGUUCUUGGUCAAUUUCGCACAGGAAGGACUCCUGUGCUUGUAGCUACUGAUGUGGCAGCUCGAGGAUUGGAUAUUAAAGACAUCAGGGUUGUUAUCAACUAUGAUUUCCCAUCCGGAGUGGAGGAUUAUGUCCAUAGGAUUGGUCGAACUGGAAGAGCAGGUGCUACCGGCAUUGCUUACACAUUUUUCGGUGAGCAGGAUGCGAAGUAUGCUUCAGAUCUGAUCAAAAUUUUGGAGGGAGCUAACCAGCGAGUCCCACCAGAACUUCGUGAUAUGGCUUCUCGAAGUUAUGGAAUGGCCAAGUUUAGACGUUGGGGUUCUGGCUCUGAUGGUCGUGAUGGUGGUCGAGGUGGGCGCAAUGAUUCAAACUCUGGUGGGAGGGGUGGACGGGGAAUGUCUUCCUUUUCUUCCUCCAAGCCAGAACGAGGUGGUGGCCGAGGGUAUGACUUCGACUCACGAGAUAGGUAUGAUUCUGGAUACAAUCGUGGUCGCAGUCGGAGUCCUCCAAGGGGUGGUGCAGGAGGUGACCGAACCAAAAGUUGGAACCGUGACCACAGUCCUCCAGGCUGGAGCCCCGACAGGUCUGCACCAGCACGUGAUCGCUCUCCAGUUCGUAGUUUUCACCAAUCCAUGAUGGAACGUAGCAACAUUCCACCUCGAGGAAUUGAAAAUGCUAGUAAGAAUGGUUCUGGAAGCUGGAACCAAGUCCGAAGUCGGAGCCGUAGCCGAAGCCGUAGUCCUAACCGUUUUAACCGGGCUCCUCCAGCACGAGAGCGUUCUCCAAUUUUGAGUUUCCAUAAAACAGUGUUGGACAAGGGAAACUCUGGAGGCACACAUGACAACCUAGAUAACAAGGAUUCAAGAAGAUCACCUCGUGAUAGAACUGACGGGGGAGGAUACGAAAAGAGUUCUCGCUCCUCAUAUCCUCGAGAAGAAGACGAGGAAGGCAUGAUCCCGCAAGAUGAACAAGGUAAGGGAGCAUCAGACUGAUAAAUAAAUAUCAUCAUUUCUAAGGCCAAUUCUUCUUGAAAAAGGGACAAGGGUCAGUCGGUAGUGAAUGGCGGUUAGUUAGUUAUAUCGCCUUUUUGGUGCCAUAUGCUCUCUGAUUAUAUUUUGGAAACUAUUAAAAGAAGACCCAAUUAUUUUUAUGCUAUCUGAAGUUCCAAACCUCCCAACUCUUUUUGGUUCAAAAGGAAGGGUGUCGCUGCUUAUAGGAGUUUUGUGUGUGCCUGAAUCCUCUUAUAGAUAUUUUUUAUGAAACAGGCUUUUUAAUUUUUAAUUUUUUUUGGGGGGAGGAGAGAGGUGUUUACAAAAAAGGGGGUUUUAAAUUUGAAGAAGAAGGUUGUAGUAGAAAAGACUUAAAUUGUAAAUGUGGUGAUGAUGUCUGUCUCAAUGAGAUGUACAUGUUUGCUAAAGGGAGUAAGCUCUCUUCUUCUAAACAUUUUGGUCUUUCUGUUGUUGGACUUUGAGAAAGCACUUCGUUUCAAUCAUUUUUUAUUUUAUUUUAUUUACUCCA